AUGGUGCGCUUAACUCCACGUAUUGUUGCAAUCUUUCUGAUUGAAAAAACAAGUUCUGGAUCAAAUUUUGUCUUUCAAUGGCCACCACAACCGCAAGUCCAUUUUCAAGACUCCCAUAAGUCCUCUGAAGAUGUUAGCAUUGCCAUGGAUAUAUUAAAAAUAGAGGAUGACGACAGUCAAGAAUUCAACGGCGCUGCAGAUGAAAAUCAUGUACUUGGAUAUGAAAAAGGGUUUUUAGCAAAUAUGCUAUCUCCACGUCCGGAGUUAUGCAACCAAAAGUUUGAAAUGUGGGUGGAUGGUCUUACAUUCUUAGGUUGCCCUGUUCAUGUUGGACCUUCCGGUGAAUGGGUAAAGCGCAAGAAUCCUUCUAAAAACGUUGAUGAUUCUUCUUUGAUAGAUCCAUCUGGACUAAAGGAGGAUUCGACCAACUCUGCUUCAGCUAACACGCCCGAGUCAAAACCUAAUCAGUACAAGUCAACCUCUUCUAUGUCUCUUUUUCAUGUUGUAUUCGUGUUAAACAUUCCUACAGCUUCAAUUUAUCGACCCACAAUUAACACAUUGUAUGAAUCUAUAGUGGUCAAAUUGGUCACAGGUCUGAAAUACGAACAAGCUAAACGAAACUAUGUGGAAAAUGAAUGCAAGAAUAUAAGAAAAAUGACUGAGAGGUAUAGUAAUAAAAAAACCCCCUUUGACGAUUUUUGCCAGGAGAUUCCUGUGCAUUCGAACCUUGCUUCAAUUUUAGUGACUACUUAUGAAGCCUUAAUUCACCUUCAUACUGCUUAUUUGGAGAUCAACCAAUCUAUCAAUAUUACUUUGCUUUGGCCUAUGACUGUUUCCGUUUCAAGUUUGGAUAAAUUAGAGUUACAAGAGCGUUCUCCUACAAUUCUAGCGUCUCAAACUAUCUUCAAUGAGGAAGAACCCUCUCUAAUAGAGCCAUUUGUUGCACCCUACUGGUCAUUGCUUCUGUUGCAAGAUCUCGAAUCUAUCAUGAAACGCCUUCCCCUUUCGCGCAACUCCUUAUUAGCCUCAUUUAUAACAGAAGCAAGACCCACUUCUACGUUUACUGAUAUCGCUAAUUCUUUAGGUAUUUCUUUAUCAGAGUGCUUUCUUUUAGCAAAGCAUCUCAUACAUUGGAGAAAGGCUAUAGCUAUUCCUCCGCUUCUGAUACGAAAUACUUAUGUUACGUCCCCAACGGCUGAUCUUUCCAAACUUAAGUCGGAUGCCGGUCUCUUCAAACGAACAUUCCCAAGUCUUCCUUCCCUUCCUACAUUUUUGGCCAUUCUAUCUUUUAAACCUCGACCAUUUGGUUCUAUCAUACCUUCCAAAGAUCAUGAAUCAACUUACAUGGAAAUGCUAGCUUGGUUGUGUCGACGUAAUUGGGUUUAUGAACAAAAUAGCUAUAUAUAUGUCUGCGUGACUCCUCAAAUUAAGAAAAAAGUUAAAGGAGACAUUGAAUCACAAAGUUCUGAGGAUCAAGAUUCACAGCUGCUAGAACAGUUGAGACAUGAUGAUGGGAGGGAAUCCCUUAUUAUUGAUCCUCAUUCAGCUUCUUUACUUGAACAAAAAUGGAUCCAAGCUAUAGCAUUUGAGAAAAGCACCGAACUAGCCUCGUUGUUUCUUUCCGUUGUCAAGUACUUUAAUGGAAGAUAUGCCCUACAAACGAUUUGGAUUGCCGAAGGCUUGCCUCGUAAAUCCAUGCGAAACGUAUUAAACGAAUAUCAACAUUACCUAAUUCGUUGGUUUUCUUGGUGA